AAUGGAUGCUAAAAAGCCAAGGAAAUGCAGUUUGACACCCUUUCCGAAUUUGAAAACAGAAGAGAAACAAAAUCUCGCCUUUUUGAAGGUUGAGAGUAAACCUUUGGUUCAAGCCGAAAAGCCAUCUUCCACUUUCAAGAACAUCAGGAUGACCCGCUUAUUACAUAAGAGUACAAACACCGACAUUACUUCACUCUCUUUUGUGGAUAACACGGGGAAGAAAAACAUGGUUAACUUCCCACAGAUCAGCCACAAAAUCCUACUAAAGCCAUCCCUGCUGUGUCAGGAGAAUCAAGUUCACAAUCAGAUGCUGACCUCUGAGCUCAAGGCUUCAGAGAUACCAUUCCUUUCAAACACUGACACCCAAAAUCCCAAGCCCAAGGAGAAACCACCGAGGAAGCACAAGAUGCCUCUGACAGCAAAAGAGGCCUUAAGGUUUUUUAAGAACCAGCUGUCUUCUUAUGAGCAAAAUGAAAUCCUGGGCUAUGCAGAGCUGUGGUUCCUGGGGCUUGAAGCUGAGAAGCUCCACGUGGCUCCUGAGAAAUUCAGCAAGACAAGUUUUGAUGAUGAACAUGGCUCCUACAUGAAGGUCCUGCAUGACCACAUUGCCUACCGCUACGAGGUUCUGGAGAUGAUCGGGAAAGGGUCCUUCGGACAGGUGGCCAAGUGCUUGGAUCACAAAAACAAUGAGUUGGUGGCCUUGAAAAUCAUCAGGAACAAGAAGAGAUUUCACCUCCAGGCCCUGGUGGAGCUGAAGAUCCUGGACGCUCUCAGAAGGAAGGACAAAGACAACACCUACAAUGUGGUCCACAUGAAGGACUUUUUCUACUUCCGCAACCACCUCUGCAUCACCUUUGAACUCCUGGGAAUCAACUUGUAUGAGUUAAUGAAAAAUAAUAAAUUUCAAGGCUUCAGUCUGUCAAUCAUUCGGCACUUCACCCUGUCUGUGUUGAAGUGUUUGCAAAUGCUCUAUGUAGAGAAGAUCAUUCACUGCGAUCUCAAGCCUGAGAAUAUCGUGUUAUACCAGAAGGGCCAAGUCUCUGUUAAAGUUAUUGACUUCGGAUCAAGCUGUUAUGAACAUCAGAAAGUGUACAGGUACAUCCAAAGCCGGUUCUACCGCUCCCCAGAGGUGAUUCUGGGCCGUCCUUACAACAUGGCCAUUGACAUGUGGAGCCUGGGCUGCAUCCUGGCGGAGCUGUACACAGGCACCCCUCUGUUCCCCGGGGAGAAUGAAGCGGAGCAGCUGGCCUGCAUCAUGGAGGUGCUGGGCCUGCCACCAACCCAGUUCAUUCAGACGUCCUCCAGGAGACAGACAUUCUUUGAUUCCAAAGGUUUUCCUAAAAACAUAACCAGCAACAGGGGGAAAAAAAGAUACCCGGAUUCCAAGGAUCUCACGAUGGUGCUGAAAACCUACGACUCUAGCUUCCUGGACUUUCUCAGAAGGUGUUUGGUAUGGGAACCUUCUCUGCGCAUGACCCCUGCCCAGGCCCUCAAGCAUGCGUGGAUUCACGAGGCACAGAAUCUCAAACCACAGCCCAGACCCCAGAUCCUGAGAAAACCCAAUUUGUGUUUCUCCUCUGAGACAAGGAAGGACAAGGUUCAAGGGUAUCAUCUCAUGGGUAAAAAAGCAGAGGUAGUCAUCAAAGAAGAGACUCUAGACAAAAUAAAAGAUGGCUCCACUAAGCAGGUUCAGAAUUCAGAUGAUCAGCAAGGCUCUCUCCAGCAAGUAGCUGAAGUUGUCCAGCUGCCUCAUCUAGCAGAAGCUUCCGGAACACCAGAGACUGUUGUUGGGCAAGAGGAGUCCAAGACCUCCACAGGACAACAAAGCAAAAACUCUUCCCCCAAGAACCCAAGCCUUUUACCACCUAUUGUGUGACCUCAGCUGAGGGUGUGUCCUGUUCCUUUUCACCAACGAUUUGUAUUAGAGACUGCACUUAUAUUGUACAAUACUUCCUAUUGUUGUUUUUAAUGCAUAAAGGGUUUGUUUAAAAAAACAACAACUCUAUACACAUGGCCAGUUGGCAUGAUUUCUAACUUGAGGGAUAGGAGAGGAUGUUCUUACAUCCACAUUCCCUCCUAUGCCCUCCACCA